CUACAUCAAUAAUUGCUGAUAGAAGCAAGUUUUUCAUAUUUUAGGCUUAUACUGUUCAGUAUCCAUUUGUUGUAUAGCUGACAGCUCUGAGGAGGAGACGAGCUUGCAUAUUUGCCUUGUAAUGGCGAAAAUCUUUCUUGUCUAAGCUUUAAUUUUAUAAAUGUGAUGAACAGGUUAGAGGCUUACAUCGGUGAAGAGUUGGUUUAAUCAAGUGAAAGAUCAAUAUGGCAGCUAAAGGAAAAGAGGGUGAUACUAAUGCUGGUUUAGUCUCAGAGGAAUCAUGUGACGAACCACCUUCAAAAUGCCCUCGACUUGAAACUGAGGAAAGCAAUCAUACCCUGAGGUCAGAGGUCACAGCUGAUGGAGAUGGGCAUAGUCUGAAACGGUCAGAUACAGUAGAGUAUAAUUUAGAGGGAGUGGUAGAAAGUAAAAGUAAUGAGAAUGAGGCAGCCACCAAGAAUUCAGUGAAUUCUACCAUGAAUGGUACACAGGAGUACAAUCUUGAGAAAAGUAAUGGCAUUGAUGAGGUCACCGAGGGGUCAGGGGUUGUGGAAGAUUCUACAGUCAGUGGUACAUGUACACAGGAGUAUAAUUUAGAGGGAGAAAACGAAAAACAAAAUGGCAAUGAUGAAGUCACCGAGAGGUUGGAGGCUGUGGAUGAGUCUACAGUCAGUGGUACACAGGAGUAUAACCUAGAGGGAAAAGAUACCGAAGCUGAUGAGGUCACAGAAGGGUCAAGGACAGAAAAUGUGUCUAGUGAGGUCACAGAAGGGUCAGGGACAGAAAAUGUUUCUGGUGAGGUCACAGAAGGGUCAGGGACAGAAAAUGUGUCUAGUGAGGACACCAAAAAUGACUUGCCUGUAGUACCAACUCUUACAAAAAUCCCAUCAGUGUUACAAGAUGCUGAACUCAUAGCAGGAAUUGUUGAUGGAGUUGAUGCUGAUCUGAUCUAUAACAAACUGAAAGAACACAGAGGUAACCCAAACCGUGUUGACCUGGUGACCAAUGACAUUCUGGAGGAAGCUGGACAAGCGUUAACUUCUUCUUCAACACAGUUGGGACAGACUCCCUCCUCCUUCAUGGAAGAUUUUGUGUCUGUUAUCGACAAGUCUAUGGCUAACAUGUCUGCCCUGCCUCUGUCGGCCAAUGAGAUUCACCAGUUGUUACUAUCUGAGGGGGAAAGAGUGGACAGGGUGGAUAGAGUGGUCAGUCAACUUCUGACAAAGCAUUAUAGUUCACUACUGUCCACUCGUCAAGAUUUUGCAGCAGAUGUCCAGAGGGUAACUGAGGUCUUACCAGGGGCUAACCCCAAUGAAGUGUUUAAGUUGUUACAGGAAAGAGAAAAUCAGCCCAACAGGGUUGAUCUGGUAGUCAGCUAUCUACAAGGUCGAACUGUGACAAGGCUAGCUCGGGCGGACACACUACCUGAUGACCCAGCCCUCCACCAGGACCCUCUGUACAGAGACAUGAGAAUAGUGGCCAAAGUGUUACCUGAUAUGAAUCCUGAUGAGAUAUAUGCCUACUUGGAGGCUCACAAUCAUCAAAGGAAUCGAAUCCAGUUGGUAAUUGAGGAAUUGAUGAGAAUUGUGCCGACCAGCAGUACACCUAGUAUUGGGAAUAGCAAUGCAAGCUCCAUGGAUGACACAGUACCCAUGGCAAGUAGGAUUGCUUACAACAUAGGGGAUGAGGUGGACGAGCUGAAGGAAGUGUUUCCUGACUGUGAUCCGACUUAUCUUUACAAUGAGUUGGAGAAACGACAAGAAGACAGAGACCGUGUGAAAAACCUUGCAUGGGCCAUGUUUGAAAACAGGGAUUACCCCAAGUACUCCGAUGUCAUGAAGGAGAAGCAGAAAGAGACAAUAAAAGAACAAAUUGAAAACAUGACUUUUGACUUGAAGGACUUUUUGUUAAAGUUUCCAGACCCAUGUGUGACAUUUGGAGAUAACAGCAAGUUAAUGGGCGAGAACUACAGACAACAUACACAGGUUCAGAUCAGGAAUGAUUUUAGGGAACUAAAGAAAGGAUUUCUGCUGCAUGUAAUGAUAAAAAACAAAUUCCACUAUGCAGCCAGCAAAGAGAAAAUACUGGAAUGGGUUAAGGACCUUCCAGAAGAUUCCGUGAAGUUUAAACAUUAUCCUAGACCAGAGGAACCACUGCCCGAAGAACCUGAUGAAUUUUUCUUCUUCGAGAAAAUGUUUGUUGCUUACAAAGAAGAAAUUCUAGAACAUCUGGAAGAGGAAAAGAAAUUGAAAGAAUUAAGGAGAUUGCAAGCUAAAGAAAAUGAAGAGCUUCUUGAAUGUGGCUGUUGCUAUGACAAUGAAUGUUUAAUUGAGGACAUGGCCUCUUGUCAGGAUGGUCAUCUUUUCUGCAAGGACUGUAUCAAAAGGUCAUCAGAGGUUGCCAUUGGCGAUGGACAGUGUGUGUUUCCUUGUUUCACUGACAACUGUAAAUACCAGUUUCCACUUUCUGUGCUACAGGAAGUCAUGUCUCCAAACAUGUUCUCCAUCUUGUUGAGGAGAAUGCAGGAGGAGGAAGUGAAACAGGCAGCCAUACCAGACCUGGUCAGCUGUCCAUUCUGUAGCUUUGCCACCAUCAUCUCUAAUCCUGAUGAUAAAGUGUUCAAGUGUCUUAACCCAAAGUGUCUCAAGGAAUCCUGUAGACUCUGCAGGGAGCCAAAUCAUGUUCCCCUGGGAUGUAAUGAGAUAGAAAGACAAGGAGAAACAAAUAUGAGGACAUAUAUAGAGACCUGUGUGUCAGAAGCUAUGCUUCGUCAAUGCCAUAGGUGUCAGAAAAGGUUCUUUAAGGAGUAUGGUUGUAACAAGAUGACCUGUACCUGUGGAGCAUCUCAGUGUUACAUAUGUCGUGAACCAGUUGAAGAUUAUGACCAUUUUGAUGAUGAUGACGAAGAAAAGUGUAAUUUGUAUUCUAACCCACGUGAUCUCCAUAUCGAGGAGAUGAAAAAAGCGGUGGCAGCUGGUAUUGAGAAAUACAAAGCUGAACACCCAGAGUCUGCCGAUAUCACCCUCAAAUAUGAUGCUGAGAAACACAUAGAAGAGUUGUCCAAACAGUUUCAAGAAGAUGAAGACUAUGAUCCAGAUGGAGGGGACUCUGAUGGUGAUGAUAAUGAGGACGGAUCAAAUCCAGAACUGAGUUCAGACAAUGAUGACAAUUGGAGGGAUGAAGAUGAGGAAUUGUGAAAACUCUUCAGUACUCAAGCAGAUGUACUUCAGAAGGACAAAGAUGUUCAGACAAGAACGUGAAUGUAUAGAAUAGUGUUGUUUGAUAGUCACGUGUCAUACAAUAUUCAAUAUUUUAUGGUCUUAAUAUGAAAAUGUCAUAAUAUUCUGGAAGUUUUACCAGAAUAACUACAGCAGCAGAUCAAUUUUUUUUUUUUAUUAUUAUUUUUUAUUUUUUUUGGGGGGGGGGGAGGAGGGGGCUGGAUAAGAAUAAAGAAAUACCUGGUAUAGGAAAUGUGUGUUUUGAUGACUGCAGUACUGCAUGAAAAUACAGAUUCAAUUGUAGAUGAAAGUUAUCUGUUCUCAUGAUUGGCAGAUUAAUCCCAAGGGAACCGUCUAUUGCUGGUCAAUAAGAACCUAUUGGGUAUCCAAUCAAAUCACAUUGUCACUAGUACACCAAAGUGUCUCGGUGUCCAAUAGGAUGCACAAAGGUAGUGAACACGGAACAAUUUUACUCACCAUUUCAUGUAGUACCAGGAAUCAACACAAGGUCAUGCUCUUACAACAGUUAAAUAUACCAGGAGGUUAUCACUACAUCAUGUCCAAUUAGGUUGUGAAUACUGGUCAAAAACUGCAUUUUAAAUGCAUUACAGCACUAUUCUAGCUGUCUUGCUUAGCCUAAAUUCUCAAUUUGAGAAAAGGGAAUUGAUCAGACAUAACAGAAAGGAUAUUUGUGAUGCAGUAAAGAUUGACCAGCCGCCACUAUUGAUCGAGGAGGACUCUCAUUUGUGUCACAACUAAUCUGCCGAGCCAGUAGAUACUUAGUGAGAAGAAUAAACCUUAGAGAUGUUUAUCAGACUUAUGAUGUAUCUAUAGAUUUAUAUGUACUGUGGACCAUUUUUACCUGUACAUGCUCGACAAGCCUACUUCCUGUGUAAAGUCUUGUCUCCUUGUACGAUAUUGUAGAUGUAACCAUUGUCAAAAAGACCUCUGAGAAACAAAAUGCCAUAUGUUACAUGCUGAGAAAACUUAACAAAUGUCCUUAUUGUAUAGAACAUGGCCAACAUAUAAAAUAUGAUGGAAAUGGAAGAUAUGAACUUCCUGUUUGCACUACUUUAUGUCCGCGACACUUGCCAGACAGAUACAUAGAUGUGAUUUUAGAAUACCGGUGUAAAUUGUGAUGUCUUCAGUCAGGAAAGCUGUGUACAUAUAUUGUAACUUGAAACACAUGAACACUGCUACACAUCUAUUAUUUUUUAUAACUGUGUUGAUUAUAGUACUGAUUCAGAAGCCAGUAGAUAUAUAAAGGAUAAGUGUACAUUGUACAUGUGAGGGGGAGAGCAGUUGUUUGGGUGAAUGUUUGGGAGAGGGUGUGUCUGAGAGUUAAUGAGGAUGUGUGUGUGUGUGAAUAAGAGUAUCUGGGUAUUGAUGUGGGUUUGAGUGUUAAGGGGGUGUAGGAGUGUUGAGAAAUUUUGGUAUUAAUAGUAGUGUAUGGGUUCAAAUGUCUUGGGAGAGAGUGUGUGAGCGUGUUAUGGUAUCUCGUUGUUUCUGUGGAAAUGUUGAUAUAUCUGGAUGUUGGUGUAGGUCAAAUGCCUGUGUCGGGAGUUGGCUGGGGGGAUCUAAGUAUUGGUGUAAAUUUAAGUGUCCUCUGGAAGGGGUGGGUGUGGGGUGUCUGGAUGUUGUUGAUGCAAGUGUUCUGAAGAGGGAUGCGAGUGUCUGGGAGAGAGGUAUAAUCAUGGGUGUAUCAGGUCGUCAGUGUGGGUCAAGUGUCAAGGGGAGGAGUGUGAUUAUGGGUGUAUUAGGUCGUCAGUGUGGGUUGAGUGUCAAGGGUGGGGUGUGAUCAUGGGUGUAUCAGGUCGUCAGUGUUGGUCAAGUGUCAAGGGGGAGGAGUGUGAUCAUGGGUGUAUCAGGUCGUCAGUGUUGGUCAAGUGUCAAGGGGAGGAGUGUGAUUAUGGGUGUAUUAGGUCGUCAGUGUGGGUUGAGUGUCAAGGGUGGGGUGUGAUCAUGGGUGUAUCAGGUCGUCAGUGUUGGUCAAGUGUCAAGGGGGAGGAGUGUGAUCAUGGGUGUAUCAGGUCGUCAGUGUUGGUCAAGUGUCAAGGGGAGGAGUGUGAUCAUGGGUGUAUCAGGUCGUCAGUGUGGGUUGAGUGUCAAGGGAGGGGUGUGAUCAUGGGUGUAUCAGGUCGUCAGUGUGGGUUGAGUGUCAAGGGAGGGGUGUGAUCAUGGGUGUAUCUUGGUGUCAGUAUAGUUUUGAGCGUCAAGGGCAGUUUUGUGUCUUGGUAUUGUUGUGAAUGCAAGUAUUAGGAGUUUGAAAGUGUGAAUGUCUGGGAGAGAGGUAUGAAUAUGGGUGUAUAUGGGUGUCAAUGUGGAUUUGAGUGUCAAGGGGAGUGUGUGUGGUUUAUCUGCGUGUUGUGGGUGCAAGUUUUCUGAAGAAGGGUGUGAGAGUGUGAAAUUCUGGGAGAGAGGUGUGAUCAUGGUUGUACCAGGAUGUCGGUUCGAGAGUCAGGGAGAGGUGUGAUCUUUGGGUUUUCUUGGUGUUGUUGUGAGUAGAAGUGAUCUGAAGAGGGUUGUGAGAGUCUGGGAGGCAGAGUUGUGAAUAUUGGUUAGCUGGGUGUUUGUGUACAUGUGGGUGCAAGUGUUUUGGUUUGAUAUGGCCAAUGAUCUGGUGUGUUGUGUAUGCUGAAUUGUCAGAAACAAGAUUUGUACUAGACAUUAACAGUAACCAAACUAGAAGAGAAUAUUGUUUUCUUAGCUGGUUAUUGUAAUUGUAUAUUUAUUAGUCUGUUUACGUUUGUAGCAUUUAUGGCUAGUAUACAGAACUUAUUUCCAUAUCAGAGGAAAUAAAGGUUGGUAAUCAU